AAAACUCAGCCCAUUUCCAAACUGAGCCAACCUGUUGAACGUCAGUUGAAAAGGGCGUUGGUCUCUGGUGUUCUAAAGCAACAGAUAGAGUCUAUAAGGUGUAGGGGGCCAACAAAGGAUUCGUGGGCAGCUUUUACCCUGCGUACUUUCUUCACGUGUGAAAAGACUUGUAGGUAUGCACUCAGAGAUGGCAAAGAUGUUUGCAGCUGUCUUUUUCACAUUUGUGUCCUUGGUUCUGGCAGAGACACAGGAUCAACCGCCAGAGGAUGACCCUUUCACCUUUGACUACCACAGGCUGCGUGUUGGGGGUUUGAUUCUGGCAGCCGUCUUGUGUCUCAUUGGCAUUACCAUCCUCCUAAGUGGCCGUUGCCGAUGCAAGUUCAACCAGGACAAAAGGAGGCGAGCAGGAAGUGGUGGUGCUGCCCUCACUGAUGCAGCCCGAGCCAGCGAAUGCUAGACAAGAUCUGCUUUAAGGACUGGGGAGAAGUAUGGAACUCACUGCAGUCAAACAAAGAGGCCUUAGUUCUUUUCCUACAUAGUUACAUGGAAUAGAGUUCAUUUUUUUUAUUGAAGAAAAAAAAGGUGCGUCACCAUCCAUCACAUGAAAAGUGUUAAGUGUUGUUCAUUGUUUCGCAUGCUCCAUCCUCAACCAUUUUUUUUUCAGCAGUGCAUUUGGAGAGGAAUAUGUGAUUUUCAAACAACAAAAACAUUGUGAGCUCACUUGCAUCCUCACCUUUAAGGCUUUUUAAUAUGUAUAUACUGUAUGUGUAGUAGUCUGAAGAGUUUGAGAUCACGUGUUAGUGUGCUUGAAAAUAUCACUGUAUAUGAACUAGUCAUUGGUACGCCAGUAUGUUGAUUUUGUGCUUCUAAAAGGUUUGGCUAAGAGUCGAGAGUAACAUGGGCUCAUUCUAUAGCCUCACUGAUGUAACCAUUCAGCAACAUCACUACAGUUUUGUGUGUCUGUGUUGGUUUUUUAGUUGUUUUGCUCUGUGGAAAUGUAAUUACGUCUAUAUCACUGUUAAUGUGCCUUUUCAAAUUGUGAAUAUCUGGAUACUGUUUAAAAUCAAACAAUACAAGAAUUACACAGAGAAUAUU